CUCCGCGCAUGACGGAAUUGGAAGGCACCGACCUCAAGAGGUGAAAUAUCAGUAAACUUACCAAUCGCGCAAUACUCUACCCAUUGAAACCCAUCUCUGCUCUCUUUCUCAAUUGUUUCAUCUGAUAUCUUCACCCUGUCGUUGUCCUCAGAAUACACCCGAACCGCAACUCCCCCGCAGUCCAUCCAAGAUGUCUCAAAGCCACAACGAGAAGAUCGAUGCCGAGAAGGUCAUCCAGCGCAACCCGCACGGCAACUUCAAAGAAGUCGAAGCCAGCCGGCCGGAAUGGCGCUCCGACGCAAAAUGGGCCUUUACGCAAACCAAGAACCCUAAGUGGCAACCGGGUGACGGCGCGAACGACAACGGCGAGUGGAAGAAACACGCGCACAUCGACAUCGAUCCCUACGCCGAAGGCCGCCCGGCCACAUUCAACUACAAACUGCUCAUUUCCGCCAUCAUCCCGCGGCCCAUUGGAUUCGUAUCGACGCGGUCUAAAGACGGGAGUAGCACGAACCUCGCCCCGUUCUCCUACACGCAGGUCAUCAACCACGAUCCGCCGGUAUUCAUCGUCGGCUACGCAGGCGGCAUGGACCGGCCGAAAGACAGCCUGCGCAACCUGACGGAGACAGGCGAGUGCACAAUCAACAUCAUCAGCGAGCACUUCCUCGAAGCCGCGAACGCGACGAGCGUCAACGCGCCGUACGGAGUGUCGGAAUGGGCGUUGACAGGCCUGACGCCGGCGGAGUGCAAGGAUGUGAAAGCGAGCCGGGUGAAGGAGGCGAUUUUCGCGGUCGAGGGCAAGCUGAUGGAUACGAAGGAGUUCAGCAGCCGCGCCGAUCCGAGCAAGAAGACGGGCGUGCUGGCCAUCAUCGAGGGCGUGCGCUUCUGGGUGCGCGAGGACGCGAUCAACGAGGAGAGGAACCUGAUCGAUCCGUCGAUUCUUCGGCCGAUGAGCAGACUCGGGGGAAUCACUUAUGGGCGCUUGCUGGAGGGCAUCGAGAUCCCCCGCCCGGACUGGGAGGACUUCAAGAAGCAGGCUGAGCCGGCCGGGCUGGCCAAAGCCAAGGAGGACGGACAGUGACUGCUGGGAAGGCUGUAAGCGAGGCCACGUGCGGAGAUUUAUCCCACGACCGUGGACAUAUUACACGAGCGAGAGAUUCCGCGAGGCUGGCGACUCCACCCGAGCGUUGGAAAUAAUACACGAACGUGGACAUUUUACACGAGA